AUGAAUUAAUUGAAAGACACAAUAUAGGAAUAUAUGAAUAGAAAUGUUAAGCCAAUUUUUGAUUAACUAUUAGCUUAAUUACUGCUUGCUAGACCUGAUGAUAUUGUGAGUUGGUGUAUUAAUUGGCUUUAACAAUUAUAAUCGACAAACUCUAAAGCAAAACACUCGGAAGCAUAGCAUUAUCAAAGUGAAGAAGAAGAAGAUGAAGAGGAUGAGGUUUUACCUAUUUAAAAAGAAACAAAAAAAACAAAUAGAACAGGAGUUUCAGCUGAAGUCUAUGGGUAAUUUAACAAAAAAGAGGAUUUCAAACCAAGAGUCAUUGAAAAAAAUAAAGAUUAAAUUGACAGAAUUAGGAAAAAGAUUUUAAAUUCAUUCCUAUUUUAAGCAUUAGAUGAAUAAAAUCUACAUACCGUUAUUGAUGCAAUGGAAGAGAAAAAAUUUUAACCUGGAGAUUAUGUCAUUCGUCAAGGAGAUGAUGGAAAUGAAUUGUAUGUGAUUGACGAAGGUGAAUUAGAAUGUACCAAGAAAUUCCCCAAUCAACCUCAAGAAAAGUUCUUAAAAAAGUAUUUGCCUGGAGAAUCCUUUGGUGAACUUGCUUUAUUGUAUAAUGUACCUCGUGCUGCAACUAUUAAAGCAAUUUAACCUGUAAUAGCUUUUGCUUUAGAUAGAGCAACUUUUAACAAUAUUGUGAAAGAUGCAGCUAUCAGAAAGAGAGAAUAGAUGGAAUAGAUCUUAAACAAAAUUGAACUCUUGUAGUCAAUGGACACUUAUGAGAGAUUAUAGUUCUGUGAUGUUUUGAGAGAAGUCAAAUAUCUAAGAGGAGAUAAAGUUAUUAAAUAGGGAGAAUAAGGAGAUACAAUUUACUUAAUUGCUGAAGGAGAAUUGGAAGCAUACAAAGAUGGUUAGCAAGAAAAGGUUUACGCCUACAAAUCAGGUGAUUAUUUUGGAGAAUUAGCAUUAUUAAAAAACACACCUAGAUAAGCAACCAUUAUAGCAAUAUCAGAUUGUACUUUAUACUAUUGUGAUUUUAAAUCAUUUACAAGAAUGAUGGGUCCAUUGGAGUAAAUUCUAAAAAGAAAUGUUGAAAGAUACGAGCAUUUUCUUAAAUGAAUGUUAUAUUUAUCAAAAAAAAGUUGCAAUAUAUUCAUAAUUAUUCAA